AUGACAUCAUAACUUGACAAGGCACAGCUGAGGUGUGUCCGAAUCUGCUCAGGUGAAAAAUGCAAACCACGGCGGCGCUGACACUCUAGAAUCUGCUCGUAUAGGAACAGCUGCAGCUUGGGAUCUGUGCUACCCGCUGCUUUGGCAUAUGUUUGUGCAAUGGUUUCGAUAUUUUUGUGUCCAUCAGGAAUUGAAUUUGUUAAUUGUUUGAAGUCUCCAACAGUUGAAAUAGAUUCGGGAACUAAUUUCGGAUUUUCAAUGCUUGAUUCUAACAAGUUAUCGAUGGAAUCGUUAGUGACACAAACGGAGCAAUGGCAAGUGAAUCCGCGUCCUGCCAAGAAUUUCUGGAACAUUUUCAUUGCGUCAAAAAAAAAAUAA